UAGGAAACACCAGUAGACACUCACUGCGUUCAUGCACGCAGCCCCUGAAAGUCUUUGUUUUAAACAUUCAUACGCGCAACUCCUGGCACUUGUUGUUUUAAGCGUACAGCGGUCUUCUUUCAGUUUUGAAGAGCUUGUUUUCAAAGGUGCCAUAUUUUUCUUGGAUUUGAAAUUAAUGUCUUUGUUGAUGAAUCCUCUGCCAAGUGUGGGGGCACUGUAGAAUUGCUGCCUAGUUCUUCCUGUUUCUAAUCUAAAGGCUGUUUGAUUCAUAUUGGACAAGUUAGUCUGGGAAGAUCUGCAGAUUGGAACUGCUUUUACUUGUCUGAAGAAUAUUGAAUGAACUUCGAAGAGCAUUUUAAAACUUAAUUUAUGACAAUGGAGCCUUCAUUUAAGUUUCACACCAUGGAGUUUGUAGACUUCAUCCGCAUCCCCAAGGUAGAUGACGUUGUCCUUCAUCGUCAUGGUUACCAACCAGUCUCGGGUACACUCUGUCUCACGGGUCAUCACAUGAUACUCUCAUCUCGGCAAACCAACUCAGAAGAAUUAUGGCUCCAACACAACAAUGUAGACAGCUUAGAGAAGAAGUUUGUGGGGAGCACCGGUCAGCUGACGGUCAAGUGCAAGGACUUUCGUAUCAUCAGACUGGACAUCCAUGGAAUGGAUGAAUGUAUUAAGGUCGCUGAGACCAUUGAGUCUCUCUCUAGCUUAGAACCAGUGACACUGACCUACCCAUUCUUCUACAGAAGUACCUUUGAUGAACUCGAGGAUGGGUGGCAUGCAUUCUUACCAGAGAAUGAGUUUGCAAGGCUCGCUAGUGAUGACUGGAGAAUCAGCUACGUUAACAAAAACUUCCAGGUUUGUCCAAGCUACCCUCCAGCAGUGAUAGUGCCAAAGUCCAUAGAUGAUGAUACACUGGUUCAGUCCGCUGCAUUCCGCUAUGGAGGGAGGUUCCCUAUACUCAGCUAUAUGCACACUGCACAAAAGACUGUUAUUCUCCGUAGCAGUCAGCCGCUGACAGGUACCAAUACCAAACGGUGUAAGGAUGAUGAAAGAUUAUUGAAUGCUGCCCUCAGUGUUGGUAAGAGGGGAUACAUCAUCGACACAAGGUCAAUGAAUGGAGCUAUGGCAGCGAGAACCAAAGGUGGUGGUUUUGAGACGGAAGUCAACUACCCCCAGUGGAGGCGAGUCAACAAACCUCUUGAUAAACCAAGCAUCUUACAGGAAUCUCUAUGUAAACUACUAGAAGCCUGCAUGGAUACUGGAUGCUCAGCAGACAAGUGGAUCAGUCGUCUAACAAACUGUGGCUGGUUACACCAUGUGAAGGAGACUCUCACUACAGCAUGCCUGGUGGCUCAGUGUGUCGAUAGAGAAAAUUCUGCCGUUCUUGUUCAUGGUUCAGAGGGUCUGGAUGCAAGCCUACAGGUGACCUCCUUGGCUCAGGUCAUUCUAGAUGCAGACUGCAGAACAGUGAGGGGCUUUGAAGCCCUGAUAGAGCGAGAAUGGAUCCAGGCUGGUCAUCCUUUCCUCAGUAGAUGCUCUAAAUCAGUCUUCUCUCAGAACAAGAACAAAUACGCUGGUCCAGUGUACCUUCUCUUCUUAGACUGUGUCUGGCAGAUUUUCCAACAAUUUCCCUGUUCUUUCGAGUUCAGUGAGAAAUUCCUCAUCAUGCUGUUUGAGAAUGCAUACGCAAGCCGAUUUGGUACCUUUUUGUGCAAUAAUGAGAACGAGAGGAAGAUGGCGAGGGUCUCUGAGAAAACUGUCUCUCUCUGGACCUACGUCAAUCGUCCUCAGAUUCUGCAGACGUUCUUCAACCCGCUCUACCAGCCAAACCAGCAGGUCAUCUGGCCAUCGGUCGCCCCACAGAGCCUGGCGUUAUGGUCAAGCCUCUACAUGAGAUGGACGAUGAGUGACACGGCGACUAGCAUACCCACACAGGUCAUCACAGACAUCAAACAGAGCGACAAGGAACUGAGGUUAAAGGUCAACGAACUGAGAAGGCAAUUGGGUGACCUCCAGAAAGAAGCACUAGAGAAAGGACUGAUCAGCGAUUGAUGGCAAGCGAAGUGUUACGAUCGUAUCUCUUGCUUUACAUGCAGACAUUAGUUGCACCCUCUCUAUUGUGAUGUCACAAAGAGUCGAGGCAUCAAUUUGAAUCUGUGCUAAUGGGCAAGGAUGAAAGUCACCUUCAUCUGAAGGUGCCAGUUGAAAAAUGAUGGACAAAUUAGGUUUAUGACUUAUCCUAUAGAUGAAGGCACUGCUAUAAAGAGCAUUAGUUUGACGUACAAGUAGCUCACACUGUACAUGUAUACAUGUACGAAAAUACAAUGUAGUCAACAUUCUCUUCUAAAUCUCAAGUUAGAUUUGAGACUUGAGUUGCUUUUAUGCCAAGAACAAAUAGUAAAGUUGUUAUGGUCAACAUUAUUGAAUAUGGUGAUGGCUACUUACAUGUAGAUGUAUGACAAAAGUAGUUUCUAUGUAGCCAUUUUUCCUCAGGUUAUGCAGUACGCACCAGCCAAAUACCAACUUUAUUGCCGCAAUUCCCACAAACAUAGUCUUCAACUUGUUUCCUUCUCGAAAAUUGCAAUGACAAUAGUCAUACUAAAGUUUUUUGGUCUUGUCCUCAUGAUUUUUCUGUUAUAUUUAUUAAAAGCUUCCAAUUUCUUGUAUCUGAUUUAUCACUGCAUUAUUUAGUGUGCUAGAAAUCAUACUUUUUCCAUACUGUGUUGCUCUCAUGUCGGUCAUGUCUCUCUGUUGAACGUCAUGUUAGAAUUGAUGUGUACUUUUAGAGUCUACAUCAUAAACACAGUAAGUGUAGUUUCAGGAAUAUAAAAGCUAGCUAUACAUGCCAAAUGCAUGCAUUUUAUGAAGUACGAUUCUAGCUUCUUACAUGUCAAGUGAAUACACAUGACACAUGCACAGGUACUUGUAAAAAAAGGUAGUUAUUUCACAGAAUUGGUAGCACUUGGUAACACUGUUGGAAACUUUGGGGAAAAUCAUGUCUGAAAUUAUAAUGAACUUGAAUAUUGUGCCCUAGCUUGGACCUUUUAGAGGCUGUUUAAAGGACAAUAGUUUGUUCACCUUCCCCAAAACUUGUUUAGUUUGAGUAUAUGGAGGCCUUUAAAGUUUAAAGGUUUAUUUAUUUCCAUUUUGAUUCAUUCCAAAGAGAGGAGGCUUAAAGGUUGUAUUUUAUAAUGAUUUUACCAUAUUUGACAUAUUCCUAAUAUCAAAGAUGUGUAUGGUGCAAAAUGAGGUUUGGAAUAUCUCCUUUUUUUCCAAGGGCAAUAAUGAACCAAGACUAUUCAUAAGAA